AUGCCACUCUCGAGAACCCUACCAUUCCUUUUAUUGGCUUGUUUGCUUCUUCUCACAACACAAGUCUCUGCCCAAUGUGCAACCAACAAAAUCACAAACACAUUCACACCUUCACUCAUCGGUGGAGUUGCUGACAUUUGUCCCGUAGGUUGGAUCAACACUGGAACCAAAUGUGAGAAAUUUGCGGAUCAAUGGAAAGCAAAAUUGGGAUCUGGUUGUACCACAAGUUUGGACUGUAAAUUCUUAUCUCUUUCUUGCAUCAAUAACGUGUGUAGUCCAUUACAUCGAAUGGAAGGAGACACUUGUUCUGCCGAUUCUCAAUGCACACCCAAUGUCAAUGCCAAGUAUGGCAUUACUUGUUUCGAAGGACGUUGCAGAAGAAUUACUGUGGCCAAGACUGCCAAAAUCGGUGAAUCCUGUAAUGUCAAGAAUGCUGCUGAUAAUACCAUCUCCGAUUGUGCUGAAGGAUAUUGUGCUUUGAAGGAUCUCUUUAAUAUUCCUGGUCUUGCAUCCAAGUGUGUGAAAACCUCUGUGGCUAAGAAGGGUGAAACUUGUGGAUUCAAAAUCGCAGGUAUUCCUCCCCAGGUUACUGAUUAUAUCACUUGUGAAUCGGGUACUACUUGUUCAUUGACCGGUACUUGUGUUUCAAUGAUUCAAGAAGGACAAGCAUGUUCUCAAACGGACCUCACUCAACAAUGUCAAACCAAUACUUUCUGUCGAAGAAAAGUAGCAGGUGCUUCUACUACCUGUGAGUACAAGGCAGCUAUUGGCCAAUAUUGUGACUCGAUCGUUGAUUGUGCAUUUGCAAAUUCAGGAAUGAUUAGUUGUGAAAAUAACAAGUGUGUUCGUUUAGCAUCGAGACCUAAUGGUCAGGCAUGUACCUCCACCGAUGCUCAUAUGUGUUACAGUCGAUAUUGUGAUUCGACGAGUGGUAAAUGUGCUCCCUAUGCAGGAAAAGAAACAUGUUCCACUUCUGCUCUUUGUACUUCUGGUUCUUCACAAGGAUGUGCUUGUGCUGGAAAGGAAACUGAUUCAAAUCUUGGAAAAUGUAUUGCAUCGUGUGAGGGACAAUACUAUGAUUUACGAGCUUGUCUCUAUAAUUUGGGAUUGUAUACCUUUGAAUUUAUUACACCCUCACAAUUAAUUGGUUAUACUCAGUAUAGUGAUGAAACUUCGACUGCUUUCAGAUCUUGCCGAUAUUAUUAUGAUCGAUUUUAUUCAUGUUUGAAACAAACUUGGUCCGAUUCUGGUAUUAGUACAACAGAUUCUUCCAUGCCUGGUGUUGGAAUGGGUGGUGGUUUGGGUGAUGGAAAUUCUGCCUUAUUACCUGAGAGAAACGGAGUUGAGAGUUUGAACACUGGUGUCUUCAAGUCGUUCUCACUCAUCAUGGUCUUGAUGUUUGCUUUGACUGUAAUGAUUUAA